CCCAGCGUUCAAUUUUAGUAAGUUAAAAUUGUGUUUUAUGUGCCUAAGGUUUCUGAAUGUUGGACUCUAACUAUGGCUUUUACUAUUGAAACAACCAUAACAAAUUCAAUAUACUUAUUGAUUUUGAUGCCUUUCAACAAAAUGCUUAUAUGGCAAGAAGUUUGUCUACUGUUAUGAUAUCAGGUGGUCACCAUCUUAACAAUGAUUCUACAUAUGAACUUAACGACACAAACAAUGAACAUAUAACUAUCAAUGGUACUGUUGGUUUGGAACCAAAGAUAGAAGAACGCCAAUCUAGUGAUAACUGCCUUGAAGAAUCUUUGGUUGGAUCUGAUCAAUUAAUGAAUGAUCAUAAUGAAAAUUCAGGUGGUGGGGAAAUGAUGAAUUUACUAUUAUCUCAGCAAAAACAACAAGCCGAAAGACGAAAUGACUCAUCCAGUUAUGGAGAUGAAAACAGACUUAUUAAAGAUGAACUUGCUAAUGACCAGGGACAUGGCACAACCUCUGAAAAUGAAAGCAGAAAUGCUUCACAAUUUUCAUCAGAGCAUGAAGCAUAUUAUGCUUCGUUCGCAUCAUCAGAUCUAUCUACGCAUCUUAGUUCCACAUCAGGAUAUGAAGUGACAACUUUUGUUACGGAGGAUGGUCAAACAGGUCAAAUAAUUAUAUCAAGUAAUGGAGGUUACUCUACUGAAUUAAAUGGUGUUAAUGGUAUUGUUUCGCUGGGUGAUUCAAACAUAACCACUAUUAUGUCACCUGAUGGACAAAUAUUGUCUCUUGGAGAAAACACGAUUGAACAAAUUCCUGGACUUGAGAAUUUUGGUGGCUCAAUUCAGUUGGCUACAACUCAUAAUCCUGAUGGGACGACUCAGCUACAGUAUAUUUUAAAACAAGUUCAUAAUGGUUCCAAAAAUAAGAAUCUAAUAAAUUCUACUCAAGUAAUGAAGAAAGUAUAUCAGUGUUCUAAUAAAAACUGCAAAAAACAAUUUACAACACCAUACAGGUUAAAAGCUCAUGCAAGAGCUCACUCAGGUGAAACAUUUGACUGCCAAGAAAAUGGUUGUGGAAAGACAUUUCUUACAACUGGAGACUUGCAUAAACACACUAAAACACAUUUUGGUGCGAAAGACUUUAUUUGUGAUGUAGAGUAUUGUAAAAAAGAAUAUACAACAGCUCACCACCUAAAAGUACACCGAAGGCAGCACAGUGGAGAAAGACCUUUUACUUGUGAGUGGGAAGGCUGCGACAAAAGAUUUACAACUGGGUAUGGUUUAAAGUCGCAUUUCCGCACACACACUAAUGAAAGACCCUAUAAAUGUCAAGAAGAAGAUUGUCCCAAGUCAUUUAAAACAAGUGGAGACUUGCAGAAGCAUGUGAGAACUCAUACAGGAGAGCGGCCAUUUGUUUGUCCACAUAAAGAUUGCAAUCGUUCCUUUACAACUUCUAAUAUACGCAAAGUUCAUUUACGCACGCACACUGGAGAAAAGCCUUAUAAAUGUGAAAUAGAAGGCUGUGGUAGAAUGUUUGCUAGUGCUACUAAUUAUAAAAACCAUUGUAGAAUACAUACAGGUGAGCGUCCUUAUCAUUGUGAAGUUCCAGGUUGUUGUAAAAGGUUUACAGAAUACUCAAGCUUGUAUAAACACAACAUAGUGCACACUCAGCAAAAACCAUAUACAUGUACACUUUGCCAUAAGACAUAUCGUCAAACUUCUACAUUGGCUAUGCACAAACGAACAGUUCAUGGAACUUCUGAAGUAACAGAAAUUGAAAGAAGAAUGGGAGAAAUUGCACAAUCGGCUCAGUUACCUCGUAAAAUGUUAAAAGUCAGAUCUCAAAAUAACGUUGAUGCUCCAAGUUACUUGCAGGGUAUGUCACUCGUCAUUAAUCAUGCAAACGGAAUGGAAAGUAGUCAACAAAUAAACCUCUCUACUAGAUCAGAUAGUAAUAACAUACCUGGUGCUAUAGCAAUUCCAAUACAGGUGACGGUUAAUGCUGAUGGAACAAUUGCGGGUGCUCAAGGCUUGAAUUUAACUGAUGGCAGAGGACGUAUGAUACCAGUUAAUUUAUCGGUCAGUAUACCAAUGGCUACAUUAGGACAAAUGGGCGAGGAUAAUUCUAGUCAAGUAGUGCCAAACAAUAAUAUUUACACAACUGAUGAGGGUGCUUCAAUGAACGUGUUAUCGGACUCAUCAGAUCGUUUGUCGCCUGUUAGCCCUUCUUCGAGUUCUUUGAGCGAUGAGAACGAUGUGACUCCACGUGUGUUUGCAAAGCACUCUUUAAGUGAUCAUAUCAAUGCGUCUCAAAUAAUCAAUCUUCAACGUACGAGAGAUUUAAUGCAAACUGAAAUACCUGAGGAUCAAUAUGAAAUAGACUGCUAUGAUGCGGAUGUUACGGAAAAAUAUCUUACUUCGCAUUAUUCAAAGGAUUUAAAAGAAUCGUAGUUGUUACUCAAACAAGUUUCUGUAUAUUGUAAAUAAUCUGUACAUUUCUGUCUAUUAAGUCGUCCGUAUUAGUUUUUUUAAAUUUCUAUUCUUAUAAUUAAAGAGUUUUAACUUA